AUGGCUUCCAGACCACAAAACGUUGGCAUCAAGGCCAUUGAGAUUUACUUCCCAACCCAGUGUGUCGACCAAGUUGAACUCGAGAAGUUCGAUGGAGUCAGCACCGGUAAAUACACCAUUGGUCUCGGCCAGACCAAGAUGUCAUUCUGUGAUGACAGAGAAGAUAUCUAUUCCCUCGCUUUGACCGUCACAAAAUCCCUCCUUGAAAAGUACGACAUCGACCCUACAAGCAUUGGCCGUCUCGAGGUCGGAACGGAGACUCUGCUGGACAAGUCGAAAUCCGUCAAGUCUGUCUUGAUGCAGCUCUUCGCUCCAUCUGGCAAUACCAACGUCGAGGGUAUCGACACCGUCAAUGCCUGCUACGGUGGUACGAAUGCGCUCUUCAAUGCCAUCAACUGGGUCGAAUCCUCUGCUUGGGAUGGCAGAAACGCCAUCGUCAUCGCUGGUGACAUUGCUCUGUACAAGAAGGGUGCCGCUAGACCCACCGGUGGCGCCGGUGCGGUUGCCAUGCUCGUCGGUCCCGAUGCCAAGUUGGUUUUGGAGCCAGGAAAGCGUGGAUCUUACAUGUCCCAUGCCUACGACUUCUACAAGCCCGAUUUCCACAGCGAGUACCCAUACGUUGAUGGUCACUUCUCGCUACGAUGCUACACCGAAGCCGUCGAUGCCUGCUACAAGGCCUACAAUAAGCGAGAGGAUACUUUGAACGCUGCCACCGCAGCUCCAGCUGCUAAUGGCAAUGGCGUCCACUCCGCUGCCAAGGAGGGAAUCGACAGAUUCGAUUACAUGUGCUUCCACGCCCCAACCUGCAAGCUCGUCACAAAGUCCUACGCUCGUUUGCUCUACAACGACUUCUUGGCCAACUCCACCAGCGAAGCCUUCUCGGAAAUUCCGGCCGAGUUGAGAGAUUUGAACUACGAGCAAUCUCUCACCGAUAGGAACAUCGAAAAGGCCUUCAUGGGACUGUCCAAGAAGCGAUUCAACGAGCGUGUCAACCCAGCCUUGGAGGGACCAACCAACUGCGGUAACAUGUACUGCGCUAGCUUGUACUGCGGAUUGGUAAGUUUGAUUGCCAACAAGGGUGGCGAGCAGCUCGAUGGAAAGAGAGUUGGUAUGUUCAGCUACGGUAGCGGUCUUGCCAGCAGUUUGUUCAGCAUUCGUGUUCGCGAGGGCUCCCAGGAUUUGAAGGACAAGCUUAACUUCCACGAGAGGUUGGCUGCUAGAAGAAUCGUUGAUCCUUCUGUUUAUGACGAGACUAUGCUCCUCCGUGAGAAGGCUCACCAACAGAAGGAUUUCACCCCACAAGGCCCUACCGAUACAAUCGAGAGCAAGGCUUACUACCUUGUUAAGGUUGAUGAUAUGUUCCGACGUGAAUACGCUCGCAAAGAGUAA